CUUCAGCUAUGGUGUUAAACCGCCGUUAACUGUCAUUUAGUUGUGUUUUUAACAUUAUUUAAAAUUUCCAGUAAAAUAUUCAGUUAAUGUCCAAAUGUAGAGUAACAUAUUUCGAAUAAGUAAUGAUUUAGAUCCUGGAACCGUUUUAGCUUCUUUUGUUUCCUCCCGGGGGUUUCAUUACAUCAACAGGAACAUGUAGAGGAAGCAGAAAGGGGUCUUUUUUACUGUCAUCUGUUGAAUAAGGGAGGGCGCAAAAGAGAAAAAAAUACAGGCAGGUUCUGGCUGUAGGCUGGCCGCAAGACGAGUCUGUGUGAGCUGGCAGACGGAGUAACUAUCAGAAAAUCUUUGGCUCGGGGAUUCUACAGUUGGAGAAAGAAAUACUCAAAUCUGACUGGGAUAUAUAAAUGAACCUACACUGAGUAAAGAUUCCGGGCAUGGAGGGAUAAGAGACUGACUGUGUUGUGUGGGAAUUUCCAUUAAAAAAAGGGCAGAAACUACAACAAAAAAAGUUAUUUUCUUAGAAUUUAAAGUGAUUAUUCAACUCUGUAAACGCCAUCGCCGUGCUUCCCGUUAGUUACCGAUGACGUUCCUUAUUUAUCGUGUAGUCGAAUUGACGGUUUAUCUGCAAGUUAAAUAAACUGGGUAAAUAAAUAAACGCGUUAUUUUGGCAUAAAAAGACGCAGCACAAUGUAGCUUCUAAUUGCCGUUUUAAAAGUCUACUGUAGAUUUUGGGCACCACUGGAUACUGAACGAGGACGUGACAAAUUGGCAACAGUACCGGAGUUGGUGUUGUUUAGAGCAUCUGUUUUUCGUCUGGUAAAUUGAGAAAGAUGGUUGGGUUAGGAGACGACUGAAAUGUUUUUUUUUUCUUUUCUUUUUGUCGCCGCGAAACAAACGCUUUAUUAUAUUGCUUAAACUGAUAUUUGAAACUGGUAUAGUAUUAAGAGUAACGAGUAGUCGUUUUUUUGUUUACAUAGGCUAAUGUGUAUCAAAAUUGUUGGAUUUCCCGUGGUUUUAAAUCUCUUCUUAAUUUAAAGAAUAUAUUUUUUACACGUGUAUCUUCUCUUAUUUGUACAUUGUUGCCUAAACAAUGUGACAGGAUUUAUACUACUGGUUAAGUAUAAAUAGAUGUAUGCAUUCUAACGUGUGUCACAUUUUAAGCUGUCAUUUACAAUUACUGGUCAAGAGAAAGCUUUUUAACAGCUGUUUUCUUAUAGUCCUCGAGUGUUACAAACGUCUAAAUAUUGUUUAUGCACAGUAUGAUGAUUAUAAAAGGAAUGCAAGUAUUCAAAGAGUAGGGGAUUCGCUCACUUUCAUCUGCAGCAUGUAUUUAUUCACAGUAAGAAUAUAAAUAGUAUGUUUACUGGCAUGCCUAAAUAAUUUCUGUUGAAAGACUGAAAGUCAGAUUUGCUUGCUUUAAAACUAGCCUUCAUUCCAGACAUAUAUGCCUUAAGUGUUUUUUUUUAAUUAUUAGGUGGUUAUCCUAUUUAUGGUUACGGUUUUACCUGGUGUCAAGAUAUUCCUCCAAAAAAAAAAUUAUAUGUAAAGGCAUUUUCAAAUGAAGUGGUUCUAAACAGUGUCCAGCUUUUUUUUUUUUUAUAUAGUUGUAUUUAGUUGACUACAGUGACUACACCUCUGUCACGUCUAAAAAUAAAUACCUUGCAUUGCCAGUCAUUUCCAAAUUAAAUCUCUCUAUCUAUCUAUCUAUCUAUCUAUCUAUCUAUCUAUCUAUAUCUCCUUAAAUAAAAUGACAUUUGUAAAACUUUGAAAAUUCUUAGGGAAAAAAAGUGGUCCAAAAAGAGUCAUUUCAUAUAUAAAUACCUAUCUCUCUCUCUCUCUCUCUCUGUAUAUAUUUCGGAAAGAAAGUACACUAUAUAUUGUGUAUAUAUUUAUAUAAUUAAGAAAUUCUGCUCUCAUAGCAAGCACAGUGUAUGCCAUGCGUCUGUCCUCCCUCCUGGCCUUAUUCAGGCCUGCACUUCCUUUAAUCCUGGGGCUUUCCUUGGGGUGCAGCCUCAGUCUACUGACCGUGACCUGGACACAGGGGGACACUGAUGAACCCUGUGGGGAUGGACUGGUAAACGGAGGGCUGUUUGCUGGAAACCAGGGACACAACACUAAAGGUGGCAACAGGGCAGGUGGAGGGAAUGAAGAUUUCCAGCCACACAUUGUUCCUUACUACAGGGACCCCAACAAACUGCACAAAAAGGUCUUUAGGACGCGGUACAUCCACACAGAGCUGGGUAUACGAGAGCGCCUUCUAGUGGGCAUCCUGACAUCACGGGCCACGCUGACCACACUGGCAGUGUCGGUGAACCGCACGGUGGCACACCACUUCCACAAGACCUUCUUUUUUACAGGGGUUCGGAGCCCCAAGCUACCCCAUGGCAUGCAGGUGGUGGCUCACGGGGAUGAUCGGCCCGUCUGGCUGAUGUACGAGACUGUGCGCUACCUCCACCAGCACUUCGGGGGAGACUAUGACUGGUUCUACCUGGCGCAGGAUGACACUUACACGCAGGCAGAGCGGCUGAGCCAGCUGGUGAGCCACCUGAGCGCCGGGCAGGACCUGUACCUGGGACGCGCUGAGGAGUUCAUUGGUGGAGACGAGCGCGCCCGCUACUGCCACGGAGGCUAUGGCUACCUGCUGUCCCGCAGCCUACUGGCCCGCCUGCAGCCGCACCUGGACACCUGCCGUAACGACAUCCUGAGCGUGCGGCCCGACGAGUGGCUCGGCCGCUGCAUCAUCGACUCCCUGGGGCUGAGCUGCGUGGAGGUGCACCAGGAGAUGCAGUAUCGGUAUUUUGAGCUUGGGAAGAACGCUGACCCUGAACGCGAGGACAGUGCUGCAUUUAAAAACGCCUUCACAGUCCAUCCCGUCUCCGACCCCACGCUGAUGUACCGACUGCAUAAGUGCUUCAGUCAGAUCGAGCUUGAGAGGACCAACCUUCAGAUCCAGCAACUACAGGUCCAGAUUAGUAACCUCAGCUCAUUGACACCAGAGGGGAAGGCAGGGGCCACCUGGCCCAUUGGCAUUAACUCUCCCUUCAAGCCCAAAACCCGCUUUGAGGUGAUUAACUGGGAAUACUUCACAGAGGAGCACAUCUACUCCUGCAUCGACGGGGCCCCCAAGUGCGAACUGCGGGGGGCAGACCGGGCAGAUGUAAGUGAUGUGGUGGAGAUGGCUGUGGAGAGGCUGAACGAGCGCUACCAGCCCGUCCUGCGCUUUCGCAAGGAGCGUCUGCUGAAUGGCUAUCGGCGCUUCGACCCCACACGGGGCAUGGAGUACACCCUGGACUUGGCCCUGGAGGCCUUCACGCAGAAGGGACACAGCCAGGUGAUAGCCAAACGGGUGGGCCUCUUGCGGCCGCUUAGCUCCAUCGAGAUCAUCCCCAUGCCCUAUGUGACAGAGGCCACCAGGGUGCAGGUCAUCCUUCCUGUCACGGCCCACGAGCAAGACUACGUGGGUAACUUCCUGGACAUGUACGUGAUGAAUGCUCUGGACACCCAUGACAACGUGCUCCUGACCUUCCUCUUCAUCUAUGAACCCUUCGAUGCACAGAGGGUCAGCCAAAAUGACGUCUUUUCUGGGAUCAAGUCCAUGAUUGGCGAGGUGGAGAAGCGAUAUGCCGACGUCAAGAUCCUCUGGAUCAGCGUCAAGACUGAGGUACCCUCUCAGGUCAAACUGAUGGACAUCAUCUCCAAGAAGCACCCUGUUGACACUCUGUUCUUUCUGGCCAGCGUCUGGACAGAAGUCAACACAGACUUCCUCAACAGGUGCCGGAUGAACGCAAUCAGCAACUGGCAGGUCUUUUUCCCUAUCCACUUCCAGGAGUACAGCCCAGCCAUCGUGUACCGUGACCAACAGCCCUCUGUUGCUUCCUCCUCGGCCGCCGAGUCGCUGAAGGAUGGCCAUUUUGACCGCCACGUCUUUGAAGAGGCCUGCUUCUACAAUGCAGACUACAUGGCUGCACGCACCAAGAUGGCGGCUGACAUCCUGGACAAUGAUGAGAUGUUGGAGAGCAUGGAUGUCUAUGAGAUCUUCGUUCGCUACUCUAGUCUACAUGUCUUCCGCGCUGUCGAGCCUGCUCUGGUGCAGAAGAACGUUCGCAGAACGUGCAAUCCUCGCUUCAGUGAGGACAUCUACCACCGCUGCGUGCUGAGCAACCUGGAGGGGCUGGCCUCCCGAUCACACUUGGCUAUGGCCCUGUUUGAACAGGAGCAGGCCAACAGCACUUAAAGUGACUGCGUAUGGGCACUACACCACACAUUUGCAACUCCAGCAUACUAAAUUCAAUAACUGAACACUUGAAACUGGGUGAACGUUUUACUAAUAAGAUCAGGAAACCCUGGUCUUAUUGCUCAACCUUGGUCUAAACUGGAAAGCAAAAGAAGAAUACACACUCCACUUUCCUUAUGCUUCUUGUAUCUGGAUGAGUUGUUGAUUUAAGUGGGCUUCCAUCAAAAGGCUACUAUAAACCAAUAUUAAAUACAAUGUUAUUGUCUUCAUAACACUGUUUAUGCAUGGGUGCCCAAUGUUUAUUAAGAAUGCAAGCUGAACUAUGUCUACAGGAACCUUUAACAGUUGUUAAUAAGCUGUAUUAGAUCAAUUAAGUCCUCUUCAUUGUCAUUUCAAUGCUAGCAAAGUCUCCUAAUUUUACAUCUUUGCCCGAUUGCCCAUUGCUAUUGGCAAACAAGGAAUUUCCUGCAGCUUUUUUCCCUGAUUUCAUCUUCCUUUGUUUAGUCUGUUGUCUUUGGUUUAGAACUGGAAUGAAAAAAACAUUUUGCUUGUUACGCAGCUAUUUUCAGGUGCCAGAUGUCCAGUCCGGUGCCUCUUACUUGUGACUCUCUAUUUUGAAAUAUUUGCCUUUUGUUAUUUUUAAUAAAUUAUAUAAAUGAUUGCUCAAGCCUGGAAUGCUCAGUGUACAUUUUAAUUUGUAUUUUAUUUUUUUGUACAAUAAGGUAUACAUCCAUGUACAUGAGUUGUGUAAGUUAAUAAAAACAGCCUGUCAGUACUCUUGUAUUAAAUUCUGAAAAUAAACCAACCAAUGUGAAUAUCUGA